CCCCGCCCCUCUCGGCGAGUCUCUCCAACCGGCUCGCCCGGGCGGCGGGAGCGGCUGAAGCCCUGCACGCCCCCUCCCGCUCAGCGCCGUGGAGGACGGAGGGGGGACCCUCUCCAGGGGCUUUUGCGCCCUCCGCGGGAUGAUCUUGCGCACCAGCUCCAUCUUGCCCAGCGCGGGGCAGCUAGCGGGGCUCGUCCUCCUUGCGGCCCUUGCGCCUUUCCUUAGCAGAAGCGCGGGGCUGCCGGGCUGCUGCUGCCCUUCUUCCCUCCCUCCCGGUCUAGCGGCCGAGGCUGGGUGACGCUAGCCCAGGACCCGGCGCAAGGCUGCAAACCGCUGGCCGCGGCUCCCUCGCUCAGGAGCGACACGGAUGUCGGUCUCCAGGUGCUGCGGCGGCGGGGCUCGAGCCAGGCGUCCUUUGCAGGGCCGGGACUGGAAAGUAUGUAUGACCAAUUGUCCCACACUAAUUGUUAUGGUUGGCCUCCCAGCAAGAGGAAAAACUUACAUCUCAAAAAAAUUGACCCGCUACUUAAACUGGAUUGGAGUUCCUACAAAAGAAUUUAAUGUUGGCCAGUAUCGCCGAGACUUGGUAAAAACAUACAAGUCCUUUGAGUUUUUCCUGCCAGACAAUGAAGAAGGCCUGAAAAUCCGAAAAAAAUGUGCCUUAGCAGCACUGAAUGAUGUACAUCGUUAUCUCAGUGAAGAAAAAGGGCAAGUGGCAGUGUUUGAUGCUACAAACACUACAAGAGAACGCAGAGAAACCAUUCAUAAGUUUGGGGAAGAGAAUGGGUACAAGACCUUUUUUGUUGAGUCAGUGUGUGUUGAUCCAGAAGUCAUUGCUGCAAAUAUUGUGCAAGUGAAACUGGGCAGUCCUGACUAUAUUGACUGCAGUAGUGAUGAAGCUACAGAAGACUUCAUGAAAAGAAUUGAGUGUUACAAGAAUUCAUAUGAGACAUUAGAUGAAACCUUAGACAAGGAUCUUUCUUAUAUUAAAAUAAUGGAUGUUGGACGGAGUUACCUUGUGAAUCGAGUAAUGGACCACAUCCAAAGUCGGAUUGUUUACUACCUCAUGAAUAUCCACGUAACUCCUCGUUCCAUCUACCUCUGUCGUCACGGAGAAAGUGAACUAAAUCUGAAGGGAAGGAUAGGAGGAGACACAGGGUUGUCCCUCAGAGGAAAAGAGUUUGCCAAGGGUCUGGCACAGUUUAUUAAUGAACAAAACAUCAAAGACCUGAAAGUAUGGACAAGCCAGAUGAAAAGGACCAUUCAGACUGCAGAGGCCUUGGGAGUGCCUUAUGAGCAGUGGAAAGUUUUGAACGAAAUAGAUGCGGGAGUCUGUGAAGAAAUGAUGUAUGAAGAAAUUCAAGAAAAUUAUCCAUUAGAAUUUGCAUUGAGAGACCAGGAUAAAUACAGAUACAGAUAUCCUAAAGGAGAAUCCUAUGAAGAUCUUGUUCAAAGAUUGGAACCAGUAAUUAUGGAAUUGGAAAGGCAGGAAAAUGUGCUUGUAAUCUGUCAUCAAGCUGUUAUGCGCUGUCUACUUGCUUACUUUCUGGACAAGCCUGCAGGACAACUGCCUUAUCUCAAGUGCCCGCUGCAUACUGUCUUAAAGCUAACCCCAGUGGCUUAUGGUUGCAAGGUGGAAUCUAUAUUUCUGAAUGUUGAAGCUGUAAAUACGCACAGAGACAAACCACAGAAUGUAGACAUUUCAAGACCUCCAGAGGAAGCCCUUGUAACUGUCCCUGCUCACCAGUGAAUCCUGUGUCCUGAUCAGCUAUGAAACCCGUGAAUGUAUGCAUUACCCGCUCACGAGAGGAAGCCUUGAAGACAGUACCUAAUCAUUUGUAGCUCCCUUGUCCAACACCACCGUCCCAAACUGCUGAAGCAGUGUCAAGGAAACAACUCAGGGACAUAAGAACAAACAGCCUACAAGGAAGCCAAGCAGCAAUGAAAAAAAAUCAUACACUCCUCUCUGAAUGUGUUUUUCUUUCCUGAGAGAAGGCUUGGCAUUAGAGACUGAAAUUUACCAAGUAUUUAUGGAACAUGGAAUGAAAUUGUUUCUAACUUAAUAUAUGUUAUUUUUACUCCGUUCUUUAUGUAUAUCAAAAAGGUUAUAACACUCUGUUGUCAGUCUUAAUUUCUGUGUCAGCUUUUAAAUGUCAGUGUUCUUCUGGAAUAUUUUUGUAAACUAUUCUUGCUGUGAGAGACCACCAAGCUUCAGACUUCCUUGCUUUAACCUUUGCAUUUCAUACAUUAAAGGCUCUACUUGGUACUGAACACUGACUCACAGAAAAGCUGUGCAGGUGUUUAUCACUACACUCCCACCUUUUAUAAAUGUUUCAUCCUUCUCCCUCAUUGGAUUAUUUUUCAGAAUCACAUUUGGUAGAAUGUCAGCUUGUUUUUUUAAAAUUCACAAAAAUAUUAUUUUUAUUUUAUUUUCAUACUAGUAAAAAUUUAUGCAGACAUCCCCUUCUCCCAGACUCAGGUUUCAGUUGUUCCUAAGAGCAGAAAGGAUAUGGUUCAUAAUUACACGUAGCACAUAAUAAGGCAAUAUAUGAUAUGCAUUAAUAAAGCAGAACAUACAACAAAUGACAAGUCUGUUAAGAAGUACAUGUGAGCUAUUGGCACCUUGUUGAUUUUUUCUUUUUGUGUAAUGGUUCUUCACAUCGCCUGAUUGACUUCUAUUGUGGAUUAGCACUAACACGUGGCAUGGAAGUUGUUUGUAAAUUAAAGUACAUCGGAUGUGUAGGACAAAAGGGAUUCUUCAAUAUACCAGUUUUAUGUAUCUGAUCAGAAGAAGGCAAGAUAUGCAUGUUCAUAAGUGAAAUGUUCUUCAUUCUCACAAAAAAAGAUAUUAUGGAUAUGAUAUUCUGUAGUUCUUCACAUCUUCUUUCAGCCUUACUUGUGUUGGAGACCAAAGGGAAAUGAAGCAUGAGGGGAAAGUGGAGUCCUUCAAGAGGAUUUUCAAAUAUUCUUUUGUACUGGAAGAAUCAAGUAUUGUGUGUGAAUAUCUGAAAUGUAUUUUUCCUACACAGUCCAUUGGAAAAUUCUCUGUGAAAUCACUAGAACUUGUGAAGAACAUAGUCCUGCUGGAAAAUAGUUUCUGCAUGUUUUAUCUGUUAUUCACAGACACAGUCAAGUACGUGUAUAUAAUUCUUUAAAUUACAGCUCUUGAGACAAAGAAAGCUUUUAUCUUCUGCAGUUGGAAUGUUUGCUGUUUUGAUGGUUGUAGUAGUACUUUGCUGAACCUUUCCAGCUCUCUCCAUUUUAAUAAUGUUAAGUAUGGUGCAGUGUACCAGGGUGGCAUUACAAGAGGGAGGGGAUAAAUGUAUUUUAGUUCAUGUGGAGCUGGGUGCUAUAAUAUAACCUGUAGUUGCGUUGUGAAUUUCUUCAAUAAGCUAGUUCUAGCAAUAUAUUCAGUGCUCUGGAGAUAAGCCAUAAAGUGAGAUUUAGUUCAGAAGAAUAAAGACUAUAUUGUUAAACUCUCAAUGGCUUAUAAACCAAACACCUGUCCAAAGUGCUUUAAUUUUUUUCCAUUCAGUAAGAUCAUGUGCAUUUAUGUGGUCAUGUAUUUAUUCUGGUAGGUUCCACUUAGUGGAAGCGGUAAGAUUUGAGAGCACUGUUGAAACACAAUUAAAUGACAUACAUGAGUUGGGGGUUUGUACCAUUCUGUAAAAGUUUUCUGAAUUUACAGAUGAGGCCUGUAAGCAAACUAGUCCCAAUUUCUGUGUACCUGAAUCACAGAGCAUGAAGAAGUUUGCUAGAUAGAAAGCCAUGAGAUAGUUGAAGUUCUGCUCAAAGAAAAUUGUGUAGGUACAACCUUGGAACCACGUAUGGUAGGUAUAGUUCUUGUAAAACACACAAAUAUUGUUCUCUAAGUUAAUAUUUCUGUGUAAAAUGUUCCAGUAACCUUUCCUUAACAAGAGAGAAGUGUUUUGUUUUUCUUACUUUCUAAUCUUCAUGUUUUUCAAUGUGUUAAAUUUUGUGGCUAAAUAUUUUAUGUAUAGUAGAUAUUUUUAUAGGCUACCUUUAAAUAUAUUGUAAUAACAGUGGUUUCUCGUAAACAGAUGGAUGUACAAUUGAGAAAAAAAAUUGUAUGCAAGUGUAAAUAUAAAUAUGCUAAUACUUGAAAAUGAAAAACUAGGAAUCUGUGAGUUCUAAUUUAAGCUGUGAUCUUAAGCACACAAUGUGGAAAUAAGUUUUGAAAGUUUAUUUUAAAGCUCCUUUUGCAAUUGACUACUUGCUUCCAAGUAAAUUUAGAAAUGGGAUUUUGAAAGCCAUCAUCAGUUCCAUUGAAGAUCAAGAGAUAUAUAGCAUUGGUUGGCUCUUCAGGCUGUUUGUACAUUUUGAAAUAGAAAGAUGAUUGCAGUAAACAUGUAUUUUUAAAAUGUCCGUCAUAUUGGUGCAUGUAUAAGGGACCCCAAUUGUUUUGGAAAAUAUUUUUAUUCAGAUUUGACUGUUAAUUAAUUUACCUAGUUAUAAUAAAGUCCUCAAAAUAUUUAGCAUUCAACUUAAUGUUAAAAGAGAUAUUAAUCUAAUGUAACAUUCAUUUCAAAGUAAUAAAGGUUUGAUUUCAAGUGUUA